AUGGCCGCUCCGCGUGCUAGGGCGCUGGCUGAAUCUGCAACCAUCGAUGAUCAGAUAGGCGAUGACCAACAGAAAACGCAGACAUCACACAUAGCAUCGCUGGCUAUUAGUGAAAAUGGUCAAGGCAAUGACAACACAAUUCCUAAAUCAACGGCACAUCAGGAUGUUAAUGAGUAUGGACCACCUGUGAUAGUUCCUGAAGUUGGAAUGUCUUUUGAGUCUGGAGACAUUGCAUAUGAGAUGUACAACACAUAUGCUGGUAAGGUCAGGUUCAGCAUCAGAAAAAGUGACACAAAGCGUAGAGUUUCUGCUUCUCUUCGUGAGAAUGAGUUGUAUGAAGAUUUUAAAUCACGUAUGAAGAACCCGGUUAAUUACAUCCCAAAUUUUCCUUUAUCGAAGACAGCUGCUGAAUCUUAUACAAGGAGGAUGUAUACAGAGUUUGAGGAUGAAUUUAAAAAUCAGUUUGCAUUUUCUUGCAAGUUAGUACAAACUGAGGGGUCAAUAUCAACAUUCAUGGUCACACAUAUGGACUCAAAUUAUGGAGCAACAGUUGUGUUCAACAUUGCAGACAAGACUUAUAUACUGACCAGAUGGACAAAGUAUGCAAAAAGAGGUUUUUAUAUUGAGAAAAAAGGAAAGGAGAAAGAAAACUUGAAAGCACAUGCUGCAAGACUGUCUCGAAUGGCAACAUCCCUUGCAUUGAAGUGUUCAGUGUCAAAACCACUCCUUAAUGAUUUGGAGAGAGCAUUAGAGAAGUUGGAAUUGGAGGCUGAUCAUUCACUAAACAAAAUGGAAGAAACUGAGGUUCUUGGAAUUUCAAAUGACUGCAGUAUGGAUAAUGUAAAUAGUAAAAUAUCAUUUAGAGUUCCUCAGGUAGUGCAAGGUGCAAAAAGUAAACGAGCAAAGAAUGCAGUUGAAAAGAAUACAGGGAAGAAAAGGAGAAGUUCUUCUAAUAAAGGAAAAGCUUCAAGGAAAAUGGACCAAAGUACAGAACAUGAUCAGGACCCGAAACAGAUGAUUACAUCAUUUGAUGAAAGCGUUGGUGCUAAUAUGACAUUAAGCAAUGGUCUACUGCUUGCUGCCAUCCGCCUCUGCUGGGAGUAUAACAAGCAGCUAGCGAGCAGUGAACUACCGCGAGUUCUAGGCCAGAGCAGCGCGCCGUCCACUGUCGCAGUCUACUCGAACGGCUGCAACCUCGGCUGCUACGAAGAGGCCGGCGGCGAGGCGGCCUUCGUAGCGCGAUACGCUGGGCAAGCUCCUCCGCCUCCAAAGCGGCGCGAGGCCGGCCAGUGCGCGCCGUCGCUGGACAAGCCAAGAAGGGGAGUGGAGACCGGGCCUCCCCGCUCCAAGCCGCCGGCAGCCUCCCUGCUGGAACUCCGGACUUCGGCGAGGAAGAAGAGGAUUGGAGCCACGGUGACGGCACCUUCCCCGCAGAUCAACCUCGGCGCCGUUCUUGCGUGCGUCCUCUCCUUCCUGGCCGCGGCCGUCUCCAGCGCCGGCGGCGUCGGCGGCGGCUCGCUGUACGUCCCGAUCCUCAGCGUCGUCGCCGGGCUCGGCCCCAAGACGGCAGCCGCGUUCUCCACGUUCAUGGUCACGGGGGGCACGCUCUCCAACGUGCUCUACACCCUCCUCCUCCGCGGCGGCGGGCGGCGGCCGCUGAUCGACUACGGCAUCGCCGUGGUGUCGCAGCCGUGCCUGCUCCUGGGCGUCAGCGCCGGGGUCGUGUGCAACGUCAUGUUCCCGGAGUGGCUCAUCACCGCGCUCUUCUCGCUGUUCCUCGCCUUCGCCACCUUCAAGACGUACCGCACCGGGGUGCGGCGGUGUCGCGCCGAGACGGCGGAGCUGGGGAGGAUCCCCGACGCGGCAGCCGCUGAGGGCGCGGCCGCGGCGGCGGCGGAGGAGCCGCUCCUUGGACGCAACGGAGGCGGCGGCGGCGGCGGCGGCGACGGCGGCCGGCGCUGCCAGUGGGUGGACUUGCUGGUGCUUGUCACGGUCUGGCUCUGCUUCUUCGCCAUGCACCUGUUCAUAGGAGGUGAUGGCGCCAAGGGAGCCUUCAACAUAAAGCCCUGUGGAAUCGCGUACUGGCUCAUCACCGUGGCCCAGAUCCCUGUCGCGGUGGCUUUCACAGCGUGCAUCGGGCACCAAAGGAGAAAGUCACAAGCUUACCACGGCGUCGACCAGGCGAUGUCGGCGAGCAGCAAGCUGGACGCGCUGCCGGCGUACGUCUUCCCGGUGGCCGCUCUGCUGACCGGCGUCAUGAGCGGGCUCUUCGGCAUAGGAGGCGGCCUGCUCCUCAACCCCGUCCUCCUCCAGAUCGGGGUCCCCCCAAAAACGGCGUCGGCGACGACGAUGUUCAUGGUGCUCUUCUGCGCCUCGAUGUCUAUGGCCCAGUUCAUCAUCCUGGGAGUCGAGGGGAUCGCGAGCGCGCUGGUCUACGCCGCCACCUGCUUCGCGGCGUCCGUCGUCGGGCUGGCCGCGAUCGAGGGCGCCGUGAGGAGGUCCGGCAGGGCCUCGCUGAUCGUGUUCGUGGUCGCCGGCAUCCUGGCCCUCAGCGCCGCCGUGAUCGCGUGCUCCGGCGCCGUCCGCGUCUGGGAGCAGUACACGAGCGGUCGGUACAUGGGCUUCAAGAUGCCCUGCUGA